AUGGAAGACUUCCGCCGACGUCAGCUUCACAGCUGUGAUCCAUGUCGCAAGGGCAAAAGAGGCUGCGACGCACCUAAAGAACGACAAACGAGCGCAUUCAGCUCUUGCUCGAACUGCACUCGAUGGAAAAAGGACUGCACAUUUAAUUGGAUCUCGUCAAAGCGCGCGGACUCGAGGAGUCGAAAACGAAUCAAGACCAACCCCACAAGCGCAACCCUUCUAGCUUCUCACAACGUUGCUCUGGAGGAGACGCUGCGCUCUGCACAAACACAUCCUGCCAAUGUCGGAGAAUUGCUUAGCCCGCCUGAAACUUUAGAUUACGCCUUCCCCUCGUCCUCGUCGCUCCCAGAAAAUCACUUUCACGAGUCAUUCCAAAGCCACGAUUUAACCAGCGACCAUUCUCAAUCGAUUCCUUGGACGAUGGACAUCCCAUACGAUUUGCUAGUUAGCAGCUCAAAUCAACUUGCUUCUCCAGACUCCUCCGUGGAAUCCGACGCGCAGGCUGAAUUUUUUGAUUUUGCACCUCCUUCCGUCGAGAGCACAUACGGGUUACUACCACAGCAUGGAUAUGCAUCCACCUCUCAUACCACAUCGAUAGUCUCAGCAUGGAAACAGAGUCGACACAAACAUCCCUCAGAGUCUGCGUCUGACCGAACCUCAAAUCCAGAACAACAGUGGAACUUCUGCAUCGCUUCCGAAAACACAGCUAAGGAAAGCGCCCGUGCGAUGAUGUCACGCAAUCUGGUCCGCAUAUACCACGACAGCAUGGAGAAUGCUUUGUCAUGUUGGUUGACCGAGCACAACUGUCCUUACAGCGACACAAUCAGCCAAGUGGUUCCUCAGCGAGAGAUGAAAGCAUGGGGUCCGAACUGGUCAAACAGAAUGUGUAUUCGGGUCUGUCAGUUGGAUCGUGUAUCAUCUUCCAUACGCGGCAGAGCGUUAAGUGCGGAAGAAGACACGAAAGCGGCUCGGGGGCUUCAUCUAGCGAUUAUGUCAUUCGCAUCGCAGUGGACUCAACAUGCACAGAAGGGCACUGGCGCGACCAUUCCCUUGGCAAUUGACCAAGAUGAGAGAUCGAUCCGAGAGAAAGUUUGGAACGAAGCCCGCCAGGCCUUGGAGCAUUCGAGCCACAUUCCAUCUUUUCGCAUUGCCUUCGCAAAUAUCAUAUUUUCUUUGACGCAAAGCCCGCUAGACAAAGGGCAGGCAGCAAGCCUGGGCGAGCUUUUGGAGAACGAUCGUGCGCCAACGUUUCUGGAAACCGCCAAUCGUCAAAUUUUCACUUUUCGGCACAAGUUCACAAGACUGCAGCGUGAGGCUGCCCCCAAAGCUAGAGAUCUUGGGAGGAGGUCGAUAGAGUCAACUAUGACGAACCUUCGGGAAAUACCACAGCCCUCAGAGCCUCCGCAACUCGAUCCACUUCUGACUAGCCAAGAACACCGCACUACACUAGAUCUUAUGUUUUGGCUAGGCGUUAUGUUUGAUACCCUAAGCGCUGCAAUGUAUCAGCGCCCUUUAGUAGUGUCGGAUGAGGAUAGUCAAAUUGCAUCGGCCUCAGCACGAAUAGCUGAACGUGGAGAUCAGAUUGAUCUUGAUCAAUGGGAUAUUACAAGAGGCAAGACACGCGGGAAACAGGAUGUGUGGGGCGAUUUAUUCCUUCGUUCUGCGAUAGAACGUCAAGGGUCAGGCCAAGACCAGCCGAGGUGGCCGUGCUCGUACGAAGAAGCCGCAUCCAUACUUUCGGAGGCGACUCCUGUCAAAGUGUUACUCUACCGUCGGGUGACGCAGCUCCAAACUCUGGUUUACCGAGGCGCGAGUCCCGAUCAAAUUGAAAACGUCAUCCAAAAAACACUCACAGUCUGCCAAUACUGGGAUUCCACAUACCAGAGUUUCAUGGUCGAUUGCGUUAGCAACCAUGAGCUGCUUCCUUCUCGUAUCCAAUCGUGGUAUGUCAUCCUCGAUGGUCACUGGCACCUCGCUGUGAUGCUCUUGGCGGAUGUGCUAGAGAGCAUUGACAAAUGCAGGCUCGGUUCUGAUGUUGCACGUGAGGCUCGGCAAACUACAAACUUGGUUGCUACACUUAGAACGAAUAAUGCGUUGGCAGUUGGCGGACUGGCUCGGGCUUCAAUACAAGGGCAGUACUCGUCCAUGAACCGUCAUUUCCAUGAUUCUCUCAGUGAAGUGGCCUUCCUAGUUGAACCGUGGACGGCCGUGCUGGUCCAUUGCUUUGCCAAGGCGGGAGAUAUCUUGCUAAAAAGUUUGGAUAUUUCCGGGGAUCAAAAUGUGUAUGCUAAGUGCUUACGACACAAUUGCGAGUUCUUGAUCCGUGCGCUUCAAUAUCUCGGAAGAAAGUCCGACAUGGCCUUUUUGAUGGCUCGGAAUUUGCUAAGGUCUUUCGAAUCAAAACUUGCGGAAACAUCAUGA